CCCGCUGCCGCAGCCAGACCCCGCUCAGCCCGCGGCUGCCCGUCCGGACGGCAGGAACAUCGUGCCCUGCGCCACGGCCCUGGUGAUGCCGAACAGCAGGGCCAGCGGCAAACAGCGCCUUCGGGGCUGAGGGGAGCCCUCAGAGCUCCUUCUGCUGUUUGUGCCGCACCCCGUACGGUACCUGAGCAGCAGUUAGCAUUUAGGAUUUUACACGCCACGUUAAAUGCUAAAUAUUUUAUUUAUUUAUUUGUUUAUUUAUUUAUUUAGAAGCGGGUGAAAUAAAAUAGCUAUAUGCGGCUAGACCAUGCUUUAAAACAGACCUAAAAUGCAUUUUACCUCGGAAGAAGCAGACGAGAGGGCUGACAGUUAAAAGGACACUGGAUACGAGAGUCUUGUCUGUGGGCAGGAUCAGCUCCAAAAGUCAAAAUGAGGUCACCUGAAAAAGGAAUUGGUACGAUGGCUUUGGGCAAUAAAGAGGGUAUGCAGCAAGGGAGAGCUAUCCACCUGAAGGCUGCAGCAAGCAAGGCGUUUCCUACGCUAACACUUGUGUUUAGUACUGUCCAUAGCAGACCUAAUAAAGCAGCAGGAAGUCUGCCUUACCCACAGAAAGGCUCCUCUUGUUGCAAGUCUCACCUGCCACAGCCAGGCACCCUGUGCUGAUCCUGCAGGGUCUGUCAGUCCUGGCACUGAAUGAGCAGAGAGGCAGGAGAAAAAGCAGGGAGCUGUCCCUGCCAGCUGGGCACAUUUGUGCCAGAACACUGUCUCAUGGUUUCCUGGUGUCUUCUGGGGUUUUCUGUUGAGGUAUGGUGAAUCGGGGGACUAUAAAAGGAGUUUUUAAGGUUGUCUCAGCUGUAAAGGACCCUACAGCUGUAGAAAGAGCAAACUUAUUGAAUAUGGCUAAACUGAGUAUCAAAGGCCUCAUUGAGUCAGCACUGAGCUUUGGCCGCACUCUGGAUUCCGACUACCCCCCUCUGCAGCAGUUCUUCGUUGUCAUGGAGCACUGCCUCAAGCACGGCUUGAAAGUAAGAAAAUCCUUUCUAAGUUACAAUAAAACCAUCUGGGGUCCUCUGGAACUUGUGGAGAAAUUAUAUCCAGAAGCUGAGGAAAUAGCAGCAAGUGUCAGAGAUUUGCCUGGCCUUAAGACGCCGCUGGGCCGUGCCCGGGCCUGGCUGCGGUUGGCACUGAUGCAAAAGAAAAUGGCCGAUUAUCUUCGCUGUUUGAUCAUCCAGAGAGAUCUCCUCAGUGAAUUUUAUGAGUAUCACGCACUGAUGAUGGAGGAAGAAGGAGCAGUAAUUGUUGGGCUGUUGGUUGGGUUAAAUGUGAUAGAUGCCAACCUGUGUGUGAAGGGAGAAGACCUGGAUUCACAAGUUGGGGUGAUUGAUUUCUCUGUGUAUUUGAAGAGUGAUGAUGACAUCGGGGGUAAAGAAAGAGAUGUUCAGAUUGCUGCAAUAUUGGACCAAAAGAAUUAUGUUGAAGAACUAAACAGGCAACUGAAUAGCACAGUCAGCAGCCUCCAUGCAAGGGUUGAUUCACUGGAGAAAUCAAACACUAAACUGAUCGAAGAGUUAGCGAUAGCUAAAAACAAUAUAAUUAAACUCCAGGAAGAAAACCAUCAAUUAAGGAGUGAAAAUACUCUGAUUUUAAUGAAAACCCAGCAUCAUCUAGAGGCAACUAAAGUGGAUGUUGAAGCAGAACUUCAGACCUACAAACACUCCAGGCAGGGUUUGGAUGAGAUGUACAGUGAAGCUCGCAGGCAGCUUCGGGAGGAGUCCCAGCUUCGACAGGAUAUGGAGAAUGAGCUGGUGGUUCAAGUCAGUAUGAAGCACGAGAUAGAGCUUGCCAUGAAGUUGCUGGAGAAGGAUAUCCAUGAGAAGCAGGAUACCCUCAUCGGCCUGCGCCAGCAGCUUGAUGAAGUUAAAGCAAUUAACAUGGAAAUGUACCAAAAGCUGCAGGUUUCUGAAGAUGCUAUGAAAGAAAAGAGUGAAAUAAUUAGUCGAUUAGAGGAUAAGACCAAUCAAAUUAAUGCAGCUAUGAAACAACUAGAACAAAGAUUGCAGCAAGCAGAGAAGGCCCAAAUGGAGGCUGAGGCCGAGGAUGAGAAACUUAAGCAGGAAUAUGUGAAUAAAUCUGAAAGUCUGCAGAAGGAAUUCUCCCAGAAGGAGAAACAGCUGCUUCAGCUGGAAACAGAUUUGAAGAUAGAAAAGGAGUGGCGGCAAACCUUGGAAGAUGAUCUUCAGAAGGAGAAGGAAACUGUAUCUCAUCUGAGAAUAGAGACCCAAGAAAUAAUUAACCUUAAAAAAGAGUUCCUUAAACUUCAGGAAAAGAACAAGCAACUGAAAAGGAUAUGUGAAGACCAAGAAGCUGCUCUCCAAGAACUGGCAUCCAAGCUGAGCGAAUCAAAGCUGAAAAUAGAAGAUAUAAAAGAAGCCAACAAAGCAUUGCAGGGCCAGGUUUGGUUGAAGGACAAAGAGGCCACACAUUGCAAGUUAUGUGAAAAGGAAUUUUCGCUUUCCAAAAGGAAGCAUCACUGUAGAAACUGUGGUGAGAUCUUCUGCAAUGCCUGUUCUGACAAUGAGCUGCCUCUGCCCUCCUCACCAAGGCCUGUCCGGGUCUGUGACUCCUGCCACGCAAUGCUCAUACAGAGGUGCUCUUCUAACGUGCCCUAAGGUUGUGUCACUAGAUAUUUAUUAGUUCUGCUGUUCAGCUAUUCCUGUAGAAAACCCAACGCCACCUAAAGAAUGUACAGCAGUAUUUCCAGGCUUCCAGGUAAGCAGUGUAGAGUUGCAGUUUUGAGGUGCACUGGAGGAGUCACUUCUCUGCUUCCUCUUGAAACCAACAGAGAAAAUGGGACCCAAAUGUAAAAAAUGCACAUGUGGAAAAAAAAAAACCCAAACAGAUGAGGAUGUUGGUGUAACAAAUGGCUCAGCAUCUCCUUUGGAGGAGGCAGGGCAGCUUAUAGAGGAGAUUCAGUGUUAACGUUUGGUGGGUAUUUUAGUUGUUGAGAUGCUCUUCAAAAAGGUGAUGCACUUCCCUGCUUUUACAGGCUAGUCUGCCACAAGUCCAACCUGAUUCUGCCCCUCAGUGUGCCUGUGAUACGUUGUUGUGUAACAAAACCGUGCAGUAGCUCGUUUUCAAUUGUUUUUUUAAAAAGUAUGGCCAUUAAUGCAGUGCUCUGAUAAGUUCUUGCCAAAUACCAUAUUUGUUUACUUCCUCUUAAUUACCAGGACUUGAUGCAUCCAGGAGUAUAGCACUGACAGCUCUGCUCUGUGGAGUCACAGGUGGAAGGGGAGAUUUUGUCAGGGAACAAGCAGUGCCUCGGGCACUUGCAGAAGGAAGGUGUGUUUUGGUGAAUGGUUUUUGCAAAUUAACUGUUAAUAUGAUGUAUCUGUUUCCAUCAAAAGAGAGCUGUCCAUCACAAACCUUUUGCCUGACGUUGUAACUCUGAACGCACCUCUUUGCGUUAUUUUUGUGCAAGUCAUGCUCUCAGGCUGUCCGUGUAGUCAGUGUGUAGCUCUAGAAACCACCAGGACAGCCUGGGAUUAAAUACCAGGGACCACAUCCUUUCUGUGUUGCACAGGAAAGUUCUUAGUUUGCCACCAUCUCCCUCAAACUUGCAGAGUUUGUUCCUAAACUUCAUUUUUUUCCAGAGCACCUUUGAGCCCCCCCACUGUUGGCACUGAGGAGCCCUCAGCAGAAUUACCAUCCCGGGAGCUCCUUCAGCUGUGGGCUCGGACUAUUCCUAUUAACAGGAAAAGGGAGGCUUGGGAACAAGUCUUCUAGUUGUCCUUGCACUUUGUUUAGCUUAGCUUUGUCUCUGGGGAUAGGGAUUUAGUUAAUAUCCUAAAAUCCAACAUAGCUGUUCUUUUCAACACUCAGUGUAGUUGCUUAUGUAGCUUUUGUAAAGAAAAAUGUUUCUAAAAUGACCUGAUGUAACUUUUUGUAAAAUACCAAACAAAUACUUGUAAAUGUGUAAAUAACUUUUGGAAAAAAAAUAAAUUUAAUUGAUCUGCAACUUAA